AUGACUACUGAUAUAAAUGAAAAUAUACGCUGUGAACUACUAGCUGCAUAUGGAACUUUACGUGAUGAUGAUGAUUCUGACCUUCCAUGGACUCGAGAUUUCAUUAAGAAUAUUGAAUCCGCUGUGACCGGCAAAGUUUUAGGUUUUCAAUUGUUCUUCAACCCCAGCUUUAAGUAUGGGCUUGGAAUUUUCACAGGUGAUUCGAAUGAUGCAAUGGUUGUUCGUCUCUUAAGUUGGCCAUCGAAAGAACAAUUUCACCAAAAAAUUCGUUUAGCAGAUGAUUUAGAGGGCAAUGAUUACGAACGAAAAUUAGUGGAGGUGUUAAUCGAAGGUGGUUCAAAGUCUGCUUACAUUUACGCAGCAAAACCAGCAUUAUUGAACGAAAGCUGGGAAAAAAUUCCUAGUGGCGAUUGGUUGCAACGAAAUAUCAAAUACGAGACUGUUCCGUUGUGA